CAGACAGUGCUUGAGAUCUGCAGAAAAGCCCACACUACUCAUUUAUGCCAGCAACCAACCACCCUAUUUAUCCACUUCAGACUUCACACUCAACCAAAUCACAGUAUCACUUACCGUCUUCUUCUUCUUCUUCUUCUUCUUCUUCUUCUUCUUCUUCUUCUUCUUCUUCUUCUUCUUCUAUAUAUAUAUAUAUAUAUACCAUGUAUAGCCCCAUUAGCAGAAAAAAACCACCAAUGGAGUCUCACGUAGACACCAUUCUCUCUGCAAUUUUUGUUCUACUCCUUUCUUCGUUAACCCAUUUCAGCAUCACCGCAAAUGCAACAAGAACACCCCAAGAAAACAGCCUCCAUUUCCAAGUAGCAAACUCCACAUGCGAGGGAACACUCUACUCCGACCUCUGUGUCUCAACCCUUGCCUCAUUCCCAGAUCUCACCUCAAAAACCCUCCCACAAAUGAUACGCUCUGUCGUGAACCACACAAUAUACGAGGUCACAUUGUCGGCCUCCAACUGCAGCGGCCUCCGAAGGAACCUCCCGAAACUCGACAAACUCGAACAGAGAGCCCUCGACGACUGUCUCAAUCUCUUCGACGACACCGUUUCGGAGCUCGAAACCACCAUCGCGGAUCUCUCACAGAGCACAAUAGGACCGAAGCGUUACCACGACGCACAGACUUUGUUGAGUGGCGCAAUGACCAACUUGUACACGUGUCUUGAUGGCUUUGCGUACAGUAAAGGGCACGUGAGGGACAGGUUUGAGGAGGGGCUGUUGGAGAUUUCGCAUCACGUUAGUAACUCGCUCGCCAUGCUGAAGAAAUUGCCAGCAGGAGUGAAGAAAUUGGCGUCCAAGAAUGAGGUUUUCCCUGGAUAUGGUAAGAUCAAAGACGGCUUUCCAACGUGGCUAUCAACCAAGGAUAGAAAAUUGCUUCAGGCUGCUGUGAAUGAAACAAACUUCAAUCUUCUUGUGGCCAAAGAUGGCACUGGCAACUUCACCACCAUUGCCGAAGCAGUGGCUGUGGCUCCCAACUCCAGCGCAACUAGAUUUGUGAUACACAUAAAAGCCGGGGCAUACUUCGAGAAUGUGGAGGUAAUCAGGAAGAAGACCAAUCUGAUGUUCGUCGGAGAUGGGAUUGGAAAGACUGUUGUGAAGGCCAGUAGGAAUGUUGUGGAUGGCUGGACCACUUUCCAAUCAGCCACUGUUGCUGUGGUUGGAGACGGAUUCAUAGCAAAGGGUAUAACCUUUGAAAAUUCUGCUGGGCCAAGCAAACACCAAGCCGUGGCCCUAAGGAGUGGUUCUGAUUUCUCAGCCUUCUAUAAAUGCAGCUUCGUUGCCUACCAAGAUACUCUCUAUGUCCACUCCCUGCGCCAAUUCUACCGCGAUUGUGACGUUUAUGGCACAGUCGACUUCAUCUUCGGCAAUGCAGCAACAGUGCUCCAGAACUGCAACUUGUACGCACGCAAGCCCAAUGAAAACCAAAGGAACUUGUUCACUGCACAAGGAAGAGAAGACCCUAACCAAAACACCGGCAUUUCCAUCUUGAACUGCAAGGUUGCAGCAGCUGCUGAUUUAAUCCCGGUCAAAUCUCAGUUCAAGAACUACUUGGGUCGUCCUUGGAAGAAGUAUUCGAGAACUGUUUAUCUUAAUUCUUACAUGGAGGAUCUGAUAGACCCCAAAGGGUGGUUGGAGUGGAAUGGCACGUUUGCAUUGGAUACGUUGUAUUAUGGAGAGUACAACAAUAGGGGUCCCGGUUCAAACACAAGUGCAAGAGUUACGUGGCCUGGUUAUAGGGUUAUCAAGAACGCCACUGAGGCAAACCAGUUCACAGUUCGCAAUUUCAUUCAAGGGAAUGAAUGGUUGAGUUCCACCGACAUUCCAUUCUUCUCUGAUUUCAGUUGAAUACGUUAUGGUUAUUAGUGGCUUCAUGCUCUUUUGGUAUCCCCAUUUAAUAAAGUAUUAGAUGUUUGUUGUGGAAAUAGAAUUCAAGGAAUGUUAUUGUUCCUUGCGACAAAAGCACUAACUAAAAUAAAAAAGUAUUUUAUAUUAA